UCUUACUUGUCUUGAAAUGUUUGUUAUCUCUCUCAGAGCGCAUAUCUCUAAAGUGUAUAAAAUGACUUGCAUGCAGUAUAGAUCGACAGACUCAUCGAUCUUGUUCUCUCGUCAUUUUUUCAAAGCUUUCGUUAUGGAUAAUAGCAAAGUCGAAAUACGCGUGCAUGAAGGGAAAUUAAUUGGUGCUAUAGAAAAAGGUGUUUACGACGAUUAUUAUGCUGCGUUUCGAGGAAUACCAUAUGCGAAACCGCCAGUUGGAGAACUUAGAUUCAAAGAUCCGGUACCAGCAGAACCAUGGUCCGGUAGUAGAGACGCUUCGAAAUAUGGAAACAUAGCUGUUCAAAUGAAUUUUCUAACACGUCAAAUUGAGGGCGAUGAAGAUUGUCUCUAUUUAAAUGUUUUCACCCCGAAAAUCGAACCUGGGAAGAAGCGUACGGUAAUGGUAUGGAUACAUGGUGGUGCAUUUUCUAUGGGUUCCGGUGAUGCACUCAUGUACGGACCCGAUUACAUUGUACGAAAUGACGUAAUUUUGGUUACCUUGAAUUAUAGAUUAGGUGCUCUAGGUUUUUUGAACCUUUACGAUAAAGUGGUAACGGGUAAUCAAGGUAUAAAAGAUGUAAUCUUGGCAUUACAAUGGGUACAAAAAAAUAUAUCACAGUUUGGUGGAGAUCCAAAAAAUGUCACUAUUUUCGGCGAUAGUGCUGGCGGAGCCAUUGUACAUUGUCUUACUCUGUCUCCAUUAGCCAAAGAUUUAUUUCACAAAGCGAUAUCACAAAGUGGGGUCAUGAGAUGUCCUUGGGCCUACUCUAUACAACAAUCACAUUCGAUGAAUGCAGGUUUCCGGCUUGCCGAGAAACUUGGAAAAGCAACCACAGAUCCGAAAGUCGCUUACGAGUUUCUCAAAACAAUCGAUGCAAAGAAGCUUAUAGAGUUUCAAGAAAAGCCUGUCUCGACGGAAGAGGAGAAUCGACAAGACGUAUUGAGAUUUGCACCUACUGUGGAUCACGAAUCUUUGAAUCCAGUUUUUCCGGGAGAUAUAGCGAAGUUUAUGAACCGCGGGGUUGAGGUACCAUUACUUAUAGGUUUUACCAGUUGUGAGGGAUCCUUUAUUGCAUUCAGUAAUUUUAUUGGACCCGUAAAUAAAGAAAGACUUCAAAAAAUUGAUUCCGAUUUCAAAAUUGCUAUACUUCCCAAUGUUUUAUCUAUGCUGCAAAAGAUAUCAGUCACAGUCGAAGAUUUGCGAUCUUUAUAUUUUGGGGAUAAAGCAAUAUCAGAGGAAACUAUGGCAAAUUACGUUGAUUUUCUUAGUGACGAGUUCUUCUGCCGUAGUAUAAUGGAAGUAGUAGAUAUUCAGACGAAGCUGAAUCAUAACAAACCGACAUAUCUAUAUAAAUUUUCAUACGAGUCUGAUAAUUCCCCUAUGAAGAAAAUAUUUAAUUUUACGUACCCAGGUGCGACUCAUGGCGAGGAAUUGGCAUACUUGUUUCACGUUUCUAUGAUGAAAGAGUUAGGUAUAUCCCUACCUGCAAUUGAUUCAAAGGAUGGUAAGAUGAUAAACCACUUAACACAAAUGUGGACGGAUUUUGCCAAAACAGGGAAUCCAACGCCUAAUACAAACUCAUGGUUACCGGUAACCGGUUCACAGGGAAAAUACAAUUAUCUAAAUAUCGAUGAAAAUUCGCAAAUGAAUGUCUUCCGUAAAGGAGAAGAGAGUUGGAAUUGGGAAGAGAAGAAAAAUAAGUUACGGCACUAAAACUUUAUCUAUGUUAAGAUAAAAUUUUUUAAUACUUUUUCCAUUUACAAUAAAUAUUCUCUAGUUCCUUUUCAAAGAUAUUUUUUAGUUAACAAAAUGUAGGCACUAUUGUUUUGUUCUAAGUUCAGAGCCGGUUUUAGUUAAUGGAAAUAUAAAGAUUAAUCUUUUCAAACUAUGAUUUAUUAGAACAAUAAAAAGUUUUUGCGAAUUAAACUUAAAGGGAUUGGAAAAUGUUACAGUACUAUCUAUGAUAACAAAUAGUAAACAAAUAGUAUAGGUCUUCAAAUAUAACUUUAAUUAAAUACCAUUAUAACUGAGGAUUCUAUGUUAAAAUCAAUUACAAAAUUAUAAAGCAAAUAAAAUUUUUGAAAAUUA